AAUUUUAAUCAUCAAUGUCUGACAUCGGCUUCUAACAUACGUGUUAUGUUUAUCCUUAUAAUUACGGGAUUUUAAAUAAUUAAGUGAUAAUGAAGAUUUUAUGUCUUCUCUUUUUGUUAUGGCCAUUUAUUAUUUGUGACGAACAUACACAUACUUAUAAGGAUGGGGAGCAAGUGGUACUUUGGAUGAACACUGUUGGACCCUACCAUAAUCGUCAAGAGACGUAUGCAUAUUUUUCAUUACCUUUCUGUUCUGGUACGAAAGUAACUAUUGGUCACUACCAUGAAACUUUAUCAGAAGCCCUGCAGGGCGUCGAGCUCGAACUGAGCGGACUAGACAUUACCUACAAAGAUAAUGUACCAGCCCAACAAUUUUGCGCUAUCGAGUUAAACGAACAAUCAUUUAAAGCUCUGGUGUACGCUGUUAGAAAUCAUUAUUGGUAUCAGAUGUACAUCGAUGACCUGCCAAUAUGGGGAAUCGUCGGUGAAAUAGAUGGAGACAAUUACUAUAUUUGGACUCACAAAAAGUUUGAUAUUGGUUACAAUGGAAAUAGGAUUGUUGAAGUCAACCUUACAGCUGAGAAUAAAGAGCGUCUGGCUCUCGGCGCUAAAAUUCCGUUCACUUAUGAAGUGAAUUGGAAGAAGAGUAACAUUAAAUUUGAGGAUAGAUUUGACAAAUACCUGGAUCCUAAUUUCUUUCAGCACAGAAUCCAUUGGUUUAGCAUCUUCAAUAGUUUUAUGAUGGUGAUUUUCUUAGUUGGAUUAGUAUCUAUGAUUCUAAUGAGAACUCUCAGAAAAGAUUAUGCAAGAUAUUCAAAAGAUGAUGACUUGGAUGAUUUGGAGAAGGACUUGGGUGAUGAAUAUGGAUGGAAACAAGUCCAUGGUGAUGUGUUCAGACCUGUGCCACAUUUGGCCAUAUUUUCUGCCCUAGUGGGAGCAGGCCACCAGCUGACAGUUGUAACACUUGCUGUCAUAAUAUUUACAAUAUUUGGAGAGCUCUAUACAGAGAGAGGAUCUCUGCUCUCCACUGCUAUAUUCAUCUAUGCAGCUACUUCUCCUGUAAAUGGCUACUUUGGUGGCUCCUUAUACGCUAGAAUGGGUGGAAGACUAUGGAUCAAGCAGAUGUUACUAUCAGCAUUCCUGCUGCCGGUUCUUGUGUGUGGCACUGCCUUCUUUAUUAACUUUAUUGCUAUGUAUUAUCAUGCUUCAAGAGCUAUUCCAUUUGGAAGUAUGAUAGCUGUGAUGUCCAUUUGUAUUUUUGUCAUUUUACCCCUGACACUAGUCGGAACUGUUUUGGGGCGUAAUCUCGCUGGUCAGCCAGACUACCCGUGCCGCAUCAAUGCCGUACCGCGACCAAUACCCGAAAAGAAAUGGUUCAUGGAGCCACUUAUAAUUAUUAUAAUGGGUGGUGUACUGCCAUUCGGUUCAAUUUUCAUCGAGAUGUAUUUUAUUUUUACUUCAUUCUGGGCCUACAAAAUUUAUUACGUAUAUGGUUUUAUGCUGCUGGUAUUCCUAAUUCUGAUGGUUGUUACUAUUUGUGUGACAAUUGUUUGCACAUAUUUCCUACUAAAUGCCGAGGACUACCGCUGGCAAUGGACAAGCUUCCUGUCUGCUGGAAGUACUGCUAUCUAUGUUUACCUCUACUCCUUCUACUACUUCUUGUUCAAAACAAAGAUGUAUGGCUUGUUCCAAACUGCUUUCUACUUUGGUUAUAUGGCAUUGUUCAGCUUGACACUGGGUAUAAUUUGUGGAACUGUAGGAUAUAUCGGAACGAGCAUAUUUGUCAGAAAAAUUUAUUCAACUGUCAAAAUAGAUUGAAAAAAUUCAAGGUUUGUUUGAAUAAAAAAAUAAAUCAUAAUGUAUAUUAAAAAGGCCAUCAAAAAUAUGCUACAAGUAGAAAAUUAUGUACUGUAAUAUUUAAAUACAAAAUAUGUCUACAAAUUAACAUUUUUGGCCUGAUUAAUAAUAAAUAAUAAUGUAGUAAGAUAUAAAUACUGUGGCUUUGAAGUUUGUGGUUGUAAUAUCAACCAUUACUAUUGUGUGAUGGAACUUAUUAAAGUCUAAAUUGCAUCAAAUAGUAUAAAUGAAUAAUGCAUUUGUUUUUUUUUUGUAAUUGUUCAAAAAGUCAAUUUAUUAUAAAGUCUCUGUUAUCUCUCUUACUUAAAGCCUGUUUCACAAUUGCCUAAGCCUAAGCUAUUUGUCUCUUAUUAGGCAAUUGUAAAAGAGCCUCCUAAUAUUUUGAAAUUUUGUAUUAUUUAACUGUUUUUUAUGUUAGUAAAGUAUCUUUUAUGUAUGGCAACUUGGUCUUGUAAGCAAUUGUUAGUAUUGUGCACAUUUUUGUAUUAAAUACCUUUACAGUGUUCUAUCAAUCUGUUCUAGAUUAAAAUACAUUUAUCACAAAUCCAGUUAAUUUUUUAUGAACUAGUUUAAAUACUCUAAAGUCUAGUGUAUUGAUGUGUGCAUAUCUUUUUAGAUUUUAUCACAUUCACAUUCAACAUUUAUGAGUGAGUUUUGCCUCUCAGUCUUGAAGUAUUUCUGACUUGUGGCUUACCUGCCCACACAGCGAGCCCAGUCUAUAAAACCAUUAACUCUCACUUUAGCCUUGUAAGUACUUUGGGUAAAAUUAUAUUAUUAGUAGGUACGAUAAAAUAUAUGUUAAUGUACAUUUAUAGAUUUGACCCCUUACUCAUAAAAACGUUUAAACAGGCAAUAACUGUACUCAUCUUUGUCUGAAACAUUAGAUUAGCCACUAGAUUAAAAAAAGCAAUCCUUGAACAGAUUAUGCUGCGUCGGUGGCCAACAUAACAAUUGAAAAUCUAUUGUGUCUGCGAUACCCAGAUGGACGGAUUAAAUAUUUUUAUUUGUAAGAGGGUUAGUCUCUUUAUGAAAGCAAUUAAACACUUUAUUGUAUGCUAUUAGUAAAUCACUUGUGUGAGUGAAGUUUAAAGUAUAAACUAUAGUUUUGUUUGUAAUGGUUGUUCCAUAGGAAUACAAAAGAGCCGGGAGUUUUAGAUUCAUUUAGUUUACUUAUGUAAAUAAUUAAUAUUAUUAUUAGAUUUAAUUAUUAUAGUGACACCAUUUGAAUAAUAUAAUCUUGAACUUAAUUACGGUUUGUUAUCAAGAGAAAUAAUUUUUUGUAUGCCAUCCAAUGUGUAAUAAUUAAUAAUAUAAAGAUAAAUAUAACAUCAAAACAUUGU